UUCAGUUUAAUUUGUGAAAAUGGUUAAAGUUCUCUUGAGUUUAAUAUUGGUGGUGUUUGUUAUUGCGCCUCUUAAGGCUCAAUGGGAUCCACAUUAUCAAACAAAUAGAAAUGCAAUGGUGCAUUUAUUUGAAUGGAAGUGGAGAGAUAUUGCAAAUGAAUGCGAGACAUUCUUAGGACCGAAUGGAUUUGGAGGUGUCCAAGUCUCACCUCCCACUGAAAAUACAGUAAUAACCCUUGAGUGGCUCAGUACAAAACGUCCUUGGUGGGAACGAUAUCAGCCAGUAAGUUAUAAACUAGAAACACGUUCUGGAAAUGAGGCUGCAUUUGCUGACAUGUGUCGCCGCUGUAAUGCUGUUGGUGUCCGAAUUUAUGUAGAUCUGCUUUUAAACCACAUGAGUGCAACAACUGGAGUUGGAACUGGUGGAAGUAUUGGAAAUGCAUCAACAACUUAUCUUAACUUCCCAGCAGUUCCUUACACAACAGCAGAUUUUAAUCCAUAUUGCAGUCUUGAUUGGAACUCUCAAACAAGCAUCCGAGAAUGUUGGCUCGUUGGAUUACCCGACAUGAAUCAGAAAAGACAAAACGUUAGAGAUGCUCAAGUAAAUUUGAUGAAUCAUCUUAUUAAUCUUGGUGUUGCAGGUUUUCGCAUUGAUGCUUCGAAACACAUGUGGCCUGAAGAUUUAGAGCAUAUUUACGGUAGACUACAUAACUUGAACACAGCUCAGGGCUUUGCAUCAAACAGUAAGCCAUUUAUUUUCCAAGAAGUUAUCGUUGGAGAUGGAAUUGAGAUGAGUCAUUAUACUCAUCUUGGUGCUGUAACAGUUUUCGAAGCUUCUAGAAUUCUCGGACAAGUUCUUCGUGGACAUGCUGACAUUUAUGAUUUAGUUUGGUUCCGUGAUAGAUUCGGUAUUCAAUCAAAAGAAGCUCUUAUUUUUGUUGAUAAUCAUGACAACCAAAGAGAUGGAGGACUUCCACUUACAAAUCAUCGUGAGCCACGUAUUUACAAACUUGCAACAGCUUAUAAUUUAGCACAAGAUUAUGGACAUCCACGUCUCAUGAGUUCAUAUUAUUUUGAUCAAAGAGAUCAAGGUCCACCACAAGACAGUUCACAAAACAUUCUUACACCCACAUUUGAUGCUAAUGGUCAGUGUAACAAUGGAUGGGUUUGUGAGCAUCGAUGGCCAGCAAUUAGAAAUAUGGUUCAAUUCAGUGUUACUGUUAAAGGAACAACCGCUCAUAAUUGGUGGACUGGCUGGAAUGAAAUUGCAUUUAGUCGAGGAAAUCGUGGAUUUAUUGUCAUAAAUGCUAAAGAUAAUGGAGAUACAACAAAUACUCGAUUGUAUACAGCACUAUCAGCUGGUAUUUAUUGUGAUAUGGCAACAGGAACUAAGGUCAAUAAUCAAUGCACAGGAAAGACAGUGACAGUAGAAGGAGAUGGAUAUGCAAACAUUACUAUUCCAGGAGCUAAUAGCGGAGAGGAGACUUUCCUUGCUAUACACAUCGAUGCGAAAUUGUAAAUUUGAGAUUAAAAACAAUAAAAAAGAAUUUUUAUAAAAUUUCA